CUUUCACAUCCAACCGAAACCAACAAGGCACUUUUUUCCUUUCUUUUCUUUCUAGUUUCUACUACUAUUCACUUGCAGCUCCCAUCCUUCCCUCUGUCUCCGCAUUCCCAAGAACCCAUCCCAAUCGAUCGCGGCAGCCGGGGCACCGGAGCAGAUCGAGUCGCUGCUCGCCGUCUCCUCCAGCGCCUCAGGUCAACACGGGAGCAGCUCUCGCUUCGAUUCGGAGCGAAAGGUCGUGGUUUCUCCGGCAGUUUUUCUUGACUUCGUGGCUUGGGAUCGGCGCGGUUUUUCUGAGGAGUCCCUUGCGGCGGGCGGCUGUGUGGAUUCAAGAGCUGCCUCAUUUUUUUCUGGCAUUUCGUGCUGUUGCUGCGGUGGAUUCUGCCUCUUGCUUGCCGUGCUGGAGCUCGAGUUCUUGCGGCACUGUCCCGCGUCGUCUUGGUCCAGUCAAACCGGAGGCUCUCCCGGUGCAGCGUCCUCCGUCAGGCAGGGUAGGGCAGAGCAUAGUACAGCCGGCAAAGAAAAGAGAGAAGCUGAGAUAUCUUGUUCAAGUGGGAUUGUGGUGGCGCUUGUUUCAAGAGUUCCAGCUCCCGGAUAACAGAUUUUGCUGUUAGCAGAUGGACGGAUGCGAUUGCAUCGAACCACUCUGGCAGGCAGAUGAUCUCCUUGUAAAGUAUCAGUACAUAUCGGACUUUUUUAUUGCGCUUGCCUACUUCUCUAUACCGUUGGAGCUCAUAUACUUUGUCAAGAAGUCGUCAUUCUUCCCUUACCGAUGGGUGCUCAUACAGUUUGGUGCCUUCAUUGUUCUUUGUGGGGCAACUCACCUGAUAAACUUGUGGACUUUUUCCACGUAUAGCAAGACUAUAGCAGUGGUAAUGACAGUAGCAAAAGUCGCGACAGCAGUUGUUUCAUGCAUAACUGCAUUGAUGCUUGUGCACAUAAUUCCUGAUCUGCUGAGUGUAAAGUUGAGGGAGAGGUAUCUGAAGGAUAAGGCUGAGGAGCUUGACAAAGAGAUGGGGAUUAUAAGAACACAGGAGGAGACAGGGAGACAUGUCCACAUGCUCACACAUGAGAUAAGGAGCACCCUGGACAGGCACACCAUUUUGAGAACUACACUUGUUGAGUUGGGAAGGACUCUUGGUUUAGCUGAAUGUGCCCUGUGGAUGCCAUCCCGUUCUGGGACAGCCCUUCACCUGUCCCAUACGAUCCAUAACAGCACUCCUCUUGGCUUAGUUGUUCCUAUCAAUCUUCCGGUUGUUUCAAAGGUUUUUAAUAGUAACCGUGCAGAAAGCAUUCCACAUACUUCCCCAUUAGCUUCAAUAAAGACUGACACAAGCAGGUAUGUGCCACCAGAGGUCGUAGCUAUCCGCGUUCCACUGCUGCACCUUACAAAUUUCCAAAUCAAUGAUUGGCCUGAGCUAUCUGCAACAAGCUUUGCAGUAAUGGUUUUGAUGCUUCCUCCAGACAGUGCGAGAAAAUGGCGCCCCCAUGAACUGGAGCUUGUUGAAGUCGUUGCUGAUCAGGUGGCUGUUGCACUGUCUCAUGCUGCCAUUUUGGAAGAGUCAAUGAGGGCCCGUGAUCUACUAAUGGAGCAAAAUAUUGCUCUUGAUGCAGCACGCCGAGAGGCAGAAAUGGCUAUAUGUGCUCGCAAUGAUUUUCUUGCUGUCAUGAACCAUGAAAUGCGGACUCCUAUGAGCGCCAUUGUUUCUUUAUCCUCUCUCCUUUUAGAAACAACUCUUACAGCUGAGCAACGCCUAAUGGUUGAGACUGUGCUAAAGAGUAGCGAUUUUCUAGCAACUCUUACAAAUGAUGUCCUGGAUGUUUCCAAGCUUGGAAAUGGGAGUCUUGAGCUGGAGGUUGCACCUUUUAACCUGCAUGCCACCUUUACAGAUGUGGUUAAUUUGAUUAAGCCAGUGGCAGCGUGCAAAAGGCUCUCGGUAAUGGUUAGUUUGGCUCCAGAUUUGCCUGCUUGUGCAGUUGGUGAUCAGAAGAGAUUGAUGCAAAUUAUCCUAAAUGUUACUGGUAACUCCAUUAAGUUCACGAAGGAGGGCCACAUUUCGAUUUCAGCAUCCAUAGCUAGGCCAGAUUCUUUGAGGGACCCAUGUGCUCCUGACUUCCAUCCAGUUCCCUCUGAUGGGUCCUUCUACUUGGUUGUUCAGGUAAAAGACACUGGCUGCGGAAUUAAAGCACAGGAUAUGCCUCAUGCCUUCAGAAAAUUUGCACAAAAUGAGAAUGCUACAAGCAAAUGGCACAAUGGCAAUGGAUUGGGUUUGGCCCUUUCUAGAAGAUUUGUCGGUCUAAUGCAAGGAAAUAUGUGGCUCGAGAGUGAAGGCCUAGGGAAGGGCUGUACCGCAACGUUCUUCGUGAAACUCGGCGUCCCCAAAAAACCAAAUGGAAAUCCCCGGAGAAUGAUGCAACCGAAUCAAGGAGCUAGAGGAAUGAGCCCUGAUGUUCACAGUAUAUCCAUAAUGGAAGGUGACACAGGAGUCCCCAGGGCCCGCUACCAGUCGAUUGCGUGAGAAGAAAUUUCAUGACGCACGGGCAACCUCAUUCGAUGGGAGGCGGUUCGCCACCGCGAUUUUGCGACCAAAUUCAGUAGCUCUGUUCGCAGUGCUGAUGUAGGAAAUUGUUUUUCCUUCUGACUUGAGUUGUGAGGAUGAUUGGGUAAGCCUGAAAUUGCGACUUGCCCAUGUUGGCGAUGUGCCGGCAAGGAGAGCAGUGUUGUGCUGUACAUGAGAGGUCUUGUUAGGGAGAGACAACAGUAGCCAGUAGCUGUAACUGAUGGUUCAUGAACAAGAACUUUCAACUAUUCAUCUUAACAUGAGCUUUGGUUUUCAGAAA